AUGAAUUCAGCACCUAUUCGAAAAUUCCGUAUUAAAUCACCUUGUUCAACCGCCAAUAUCGGUCCAGGAUUCGAUGUCCUUGGUAUCUCUCUUUCUCUUUAUCUCACCAUUGACGUUACCAUUUACGACAAGAGCAGUCAGCUUCCUGCCUUCAAGAUGACCUAUUCAGGUGAGGGUGCGACCGAUGUCCCUUUGACCCCAGAGGACAAUUUGAUUACCAAGACGGCGCUCUACGUCUUGGCUGCCAACGGUAUCUUUGAACUCUCGGCAAACCCUCUUCAUCUUCAUGUCGAUAAUCCCAUUCCUUUGGGACGUGGUUUGGGCUCUUCAGGCGCCGCGGUGGUCGGCGGUGUUCUUCUCGGCAACGCGCUUGGCAACCUCAAGCUGUCGCACGAUCGACUCUUGGACUAUUGCUUGAUGAUUGAGCGUCAUCCUGAUAAUGUCGCUGCUGCGCUCAUGGGCGGUUUCGUCGCUUCCUAUUUGAGAGAGCUGGAGCCCGGUGUCAUGGAGCAUGUGCCCAGCUCGGAAACCUUACUGAGCCAUGCUGUGGAAAAGAAAGAAAAGCAAGAAGCCAUGCCACAACCACCGUUGGGGAUUGGCCAUUAUGUGCGAUUAGGCUGGAGCAAAGACAUCAAAUGUAUCGCUAUCAUUCCUCAAUUUCAAGUGGCCACAGCAAAAGCAAGAGCUGUUUUACCCAAUCAAUAUGAAAGAAAAGAUAUUGUAUUCAAUUUUCAGAGAUUAGCCGUGCUGACAACGGCACUCAGUCAAACACCACCCGACCCGGAACUCAUUUACAACGCCAUGCAAGAUAAAAUUCAUCAACCUUAUCGAUCCACCCUCAUUCCAGGAUUACCUCAAGUGCUAAGUCAGGUCACCUAUAAAAAACACGAUGGAUUAUUGGGUAUUUGUUUGUCAGGAGCAGGUCCUACCAUUUUAGCGUUGGCCACAAAGAACUUUGAUGACAUUGCUAAAGCGGCCAUUGAUAUCUUUAAACAACAUGGACAGCAAUGUGAUCCCAAGCCCAAAUACAAAAAAAGUUGGCAAUAUGAGGAUGCAUGUGAUAAUGUCUACCUUUACUGCGACCCAUCGACGAGUACGUGUCAAUAUAAAGGAUGUGCCCAUACAGACUAUCUACGAGGAUGGAAUAUCAGUUUCAGGGCAUUUCCCGAAAGAUGUAAUGGAACAACCUUUUGUCCAGACAAUCAAUCCAGAUGCACAGAGAAAGUACCUAUUGGAUCUCACUGUGAAAUUCAAAGAGAUGAUGAGUGUGAUACUAUCCAUUCUAUUUGUCUCAAUUCUACCUGCUUUGUUAAAGCCGCACCACUGGGUGGCAAUUGUGGAAUAGACAUUACAACUUAUAUUACGAACGACGCGACAGGUGUAGAAAUGGAACAAACGAUCAUUCGUGACAAUUGUACGGAUGGUCACUACUGUGAUAAUCAUGAUUCAUUCACUUGCAUCUGGUCCAAACAAAACGGUCUUCCUUGUCACCAAGACCGCGAAUGCUUGUCAGGCACCUGUUCGAAUGAAGGUGUCUGUGUGGACGGACCGGAUAUCUUUCAUCCAAUUCCUGCCUGGUCCUGGGGUGUCUUUGCCCUGGCGAUUGUCCUCUUUAUACUGAUCGUCUUAUCAGGACUUUGGGUUUUACAUCGAUACCAAUCCAAGCUCGUACACCAAAAGAGGAUCAAGUUCUUUGAUGACAAUGAAGCGUUUGGCAAAUAUGCCUCUUUGGCCAGUACAAAUCAACUUUCUAUGCAACAGCCACAAGGAUUUAUCUAUCUCACAACACCCGAUUAUUACACUUCACAAGCAUUAAGUCGAAAGAAAGGUGGAGCGCCGCCCCCGUCUUUUGCUUCGACCUCUUCUUUCAACAAUCCGUUUGCAGCAUCAUCCGUAUCACUUUCCUCGUCCUCUCAUAACAAUCACCCCUCCUAA